UUAAAUAUGGACUUCGAAAAUGUUAUCCAACCUUUGCUUGUUGAUGUGUUAAGUGUUAUAUAUUACAUUAUUUGGGAACCUAUUAGAAAUUCAAUGAAAGACCAUAAUGAAUGUUAUUGUGAACAUUUCGAAAAGAAUAGUAAUGUUAUUUUAUUAAAUGAAAAAUUGAAUUUGAUUCAAAUGGAAGUAAGCGCUCAAAAUGUUUGUUUGGCUAAAAUAUUAGAUUUUGUAGAAAACAGAACUAAUAACAUACCACCACCACCGCCACCACCACCACCACCUCUGCCACCACCACCAAACCCUCCUCCGUCACUUCCUUCACCAUUGACAUCGGCUCAUCAUUAUAAUACUAAAGAUUUGGAAUGUCCAUUACCGUGCCCAAAAAGAAAAUGGAAUAAUAGAAAUAUUCCAGGAAUUGUUAUUACGCCAGAUUUAAUCCGAUCUGUUAUAUUAAAACCGAUCGAACGUAAUCAUUACUUAAAUUAGUAGAGAAUAAUGUUUUCUAAGUAUUUUCAUUUUUUUAGUUUAUAAUACUCAAAUAUAAUUUUUCUCGGUAUAUUAUAAAGUUAGAUAAUAUAUUAACCAUUUUUAAUUAUAAACUAAAUCUUAAGAAAAUUAAUUUCCAUUGUGAAUUUGCUUU